ACGGGAGGCCCCGGCCUCCCUGCCCUCUCCUCCACCGUUCUACCCGCAUCGCCCGGCUUCCCGCAAGCCGCUGGCACCGUCCCCUCAACACCCUCCGCCCACCGCCACUCCCUUCCACUGAGGGGGACCCGGCUGCCUUCUCUCUGACCCGCCGUUCUCCGCCCCCACCCACUUCCCCAGGCCUCCAGCACCACCCCCUUCCCGCCGCGCUCUCUCCCGCCCCCGCGCUUCCGGCCCCGCCCGCCCCCGCGCGGAGGACUGUGGGAGCGGCUUCCUUGGAUUCCGCGCUUGGCAACGGCUCGGCGUUGCGCUUUGGCCAACCGGUGCGUCGUCCCUGGGCCCGACUAACUGUCGCCCGCUUCCCUCAGCGUGAGGUACAAAUGAUGCAAAAUGUGCACCUGGCUCCAGAGACAGAUGAAGAUGAUCUUUAUUCCGGCUAUAAUGACUACAAUCCAAUCUAUGAUAUCGAGGAAUUGGAGAAUGAUGCAGCUUUUCAGCAAGCUGUGAGGACUAGUCAUGGCAGAAGACCUCCAAUAACUGCUAAAAUAUCAAGCACGGCAGUUACUAGACCUAUAGCUACUGGAUAUGGGUCCAAGACAUCUCUGGCAUCAUCAAUAGGAAGACCAAUGACAGGGGCUAUUCAGGAUGGAGUUACUAGACCCAUGACAGCAGUGAGAGCAGCUGGUUUUACCAAAGCAGCUUUGAGAGGCUCUGCAUUUGACCCCCUUAGUCAGUCAAGGGGCCCUGCUCCCCCUUUGGAAGCCAAGAAAAAAGAUAGCCCAGAGGAAAAAAUAAAGCAAUUAGAGAAGGAAGUAAAUGAGUUGGUAGAAGAAAGCUGUAUUGCCAGUAGUUGUGGAGACUUAAAAUUGGCCUUAGAAAAGGCAAAAGAUGCAGGAAGAAAAGAGAGAGUCCUGGUGAGACAGCGAGAACAAGUUACAACUCCAGAAAAUAUCAACUUGGAUUUAACUUACUCAGUUCUUUUCAAUUUGGCCAGUCAGUAUUCAGUUAAUGAAAUGUAUGCCGAAGCACUUAACACUUAUCAAGUUAUAGUGAAAAAUAAGAUGUUUAGCAAUGCAGGAAUAUUGAAAAUGAAUAUGGGAAAUAUCUAUUUAAAGCAAAGAAAUUAUUCCAAAGCCAUUAAAUUCUACCGAAUGGCAUUAGACCAAGUUCCAAGUGUCAAUAAGCAGAUGAGGAUUAAAAUAAUGCAGAACAUUGGAGUUACAUUUAUUCAGGCUGGUCAGUAUUCAGAUGCUAUUAAUUCAUAUGAGCACAUAAUGAGCAUGGCACCAAAUCUGAAGGCAGGCUACAACCUAACUAUCUGUUAUUUUGCUGUUGGAGACCGAGAAAAAAUGAAGAAGGCAUUCCAAAAAUUGAUUACUGUUCCAUUAGAAAUUGAUGAAGAUAAAUAUAUUUCACCAAGUGAUGAUCCUCAUACUAACUUAGUAACUGAAGCUAUAAAAAAUGAUCACCUUAGGCAAAUGGAACGUGAAAGGAAAGCCAUGGCAGAAAAAUAUAUUAUGACAUCUGCAAAACUCAUUGCUCCUGUAAUUGAAACAUCUUUUGCUGCAGGUUAUGAUUGGUGCGUGGAAGUGGUGAAAGCUUCUCAAUAUGUAGAGCUAGCCAAUGAUCUGGAAAUAAACAAAGCAGUUACAUACUUGAGACAAAAAGACUAUAACCAAGCUGUAGAGAUCUUAAAAGUGUUGGAAAAAAAGGACAGUAGAGUGAAAAGUGCAGCUGCAACCAAUCUCUCAGCCCUGUAUUAUAUGGGAAAGGACUUUGCACAAGCCAGCAGCUAUGCAGAUAUAGCUGUGAACUCUGAUAGAUAUAAUCCAGCAGCUCUUACUAAUAAAGGGAAUACAGUUUUUGCAAAUGGUGAUUAUGAGAAGGCCGCUGAAUUCUAUAAAGAGGCUCUAAGAAAUGAUUCUUCUUGUACUGAAGCACUUUAUAAUAUUGGCCUUACCUAUGAGAAACUAAAUCGGCUAGAUGAGGCUUUGGACUGUUUCCUGAAACUUCACUCAAUCCUACGAAACAGUGCCGAAGUUCUUUACCAGAUAGCAAAUAUAUAUGAAUUAAUGGAAAAUCCCAGUCAAGCUAUUGAAUGGCUAAUGCAGGUGGUCAGUGUUAUUCCAACCGAUCCUCAAGUUUUAUCUAAGCUAGGAGAAUUAUAUGAUCGUGAAGGAGAUAAAUCUCAAGCAUUUCAAUAUUACUAUGAGUCAUAUAGGUAUUUUCCUUGUAAUAUUGAAGUCAUUGAGUGGCUUGGAGCCUAUUACAUUGACACCCAAUUUUGGGAAAAAGCUAUUCAGUACUUUGAAAGAGCUUCUCUUAUACAGCCUACACAAGUGAAAUGGCAGCUGAUGGUAGCUAGUUGUUUCAGAAGAAGUGGUAACUACCAAAAAGCAUUAGAUACUUAUAAAGAUACUCACAGAAAAUUUCCAGAAAAUGUCGAAUUGUUUCUGGCUGUGUGUGAUGGCUCAUGUCUGUAAUCUCCACACUUUGGGACACCGAGGCCGGAGGAUUGCUUGAGCCCAGGAAUUCAAGACCAGCCUGGGAAACAUGGCAAGACCUCAACUCUUCUAAACAUGAAAAAAAUAUCAGGGCAUGCUGGCGUGCAUCUAUAGUUCCACCUGCUCGGGAGGCUGAGACGGAAGGAUCGCUUGAACCCAGGAGUUCCAAACUGCAGUGAGCUGCGAUUGUGUCAGUGCACUCCAGCCUGGGCAUCUCUAAAUCUCUAAAAAAAAAAAAAAAUUUCCUAAGCCAAUCUUUAUUUGCAGAAAGUACAAAUUACCUUCUUAUUCUGAAUUAUUAAUAUAAAUGUAUAUGCAAAUGCAAUUUUUAUAGUAAUGUGUGACAUUUUAAGUUACUUUAUACUAUUAACUUUUACAACACUUUAUGGUCUUUUUUUUUUUUUGAGACAGACUCUCACUCUGUCACCCAGGCUAGAGUGCAGUGGUGCGAUCUCGGCUCACUGCAACCUCUGCUGUCCAGGUUCAAGUGAUUCUCCUGCCUCAGCCUCCCAAGUAGCUGGGAUUACAGGUGCCUGCCACCAUGCCCGGCUAAUUUUUGUAGUUUUAGUAGGGAUGGGGUUUCACCAUCUUGGCCAGGCUGAUCUUGAACUCCUGACCUCAUGAUCUGCCCGCCUCAGCCUCCCAAAGUGCUGGGAUUACAGGCGUGAGCCACCGCGCCUGGUCUACUUUAAUGGUCUUAAAUUGCUGGUAUAUUUACAAAUUAUUGUGGAGUGGAGUGACUAUUCUGUUCCAGACGUUGUUCUAGCGCUGUGGAUGUAGCAGAAAACAAAAGAGACCAAAAUCCUUGAUGUCAUGGAACUUGUUUCUAGUGGGAAGAGAAAAGACAAUAAACAAAUAAUGUCAGUAGUUAUAAGUGCUGUGAAGGCAAAACAGGUAAGGAGAUAGAGAAUUUGGGAGGGGCUGGUAUUUGAGACAGGGUUGUCAUGGAACAGCUUUCUGUUAAAUUAGCAUUUGAGCAGAGACCUGAAAGAAUAGACAGAAGCAAGCCAUGACGAUAUGGAGGUCAAUGUGGUUGAAGCACAGUGGAUGGUGUGAUGGGGAGAGAGAGGCAGAGUGGGUGGGCCAGGACCUGUGGAUCCUCACAGGCUUUAGGUCAGGGCUUCAAAUUAUAUUUCUGGCGAGAUGAUGAGCCAUUGGAGGAUUUUGUGUGGAAGAAUAAUACAAUUUGACAUAUGUUUUCAAAAGGUUCUAAAGUGUGAUUAACUCAAGCUUCUGUACCUGAGGUCCAAAUCAAAAGAUUGUUUUGGUUGCUGUAUGGAGAAUAAGCUGGAGUAGGCAGUACCGAAAUGGAAAAUCACAGUAUUCACUUGGACUAAUGAUUUAGCAGUGGAGGUGGGCAAGAUGGAUUCUGAAUAUGUAUCAAAGGUAUCAGUGCCAGCACUUGCUGGCCAUUUAGAUGUGAGACUUGAGGGACAGAGUGUCAAGGGUAAUUGCACAAAUAUAGCUCUGGGAGCUGGAAGGAUGGAGCUGCCAUCCACUGAGAUGUAGGAAACUGGGGAAGAAGCAGCUUUUGGAGGGAAAAAUCAAAACCUUUUUUUAGAUACGUUGUGUUUGAGCUACCUUUUCGAUGUCCAAGAGGAUGUAUUAAAUAGGCACUUAGGGAGAAGUUGGGGGCCAUCUUCAUAUAAAUUUAUUUCAGUAUGUUUAGCACAUAUUGUUGUGUUCUGUUAUUAUAUAUAUUAUCAGUAAUACUUUUGAAAAAAUGGAGUGUUCACUAGCUUUAAGACUUUCCUGUUUCUUUAUCCAUUCAUUUGUUCCCCAGAACUUUUACCAACUAUUUUUUAUGUGCUGGGGAUACAACAGAUAUAUCAACUUGAUUUCUGCCUCCUAGGACUCACAAAUAGUUAACUGAUAUGGGUUAAUAAAUGAGAUAACUGAAAAAUGUGCAAAGUGCUGUCAAAAUACAGAGGAGCUCUUAACUCUGCCCAAACUAGGGGACGAUUGACAUAAUUAGGUUUUACAGAGGAAGUAACAUUUGAAGUGGCCUUGAAGGGUACGGAGGGUUUUACCAGGAAGGAAAGGCAGGAACAGGCACUGCAGGUAGACAGUAGCAUUAGUAAGGGCAGAGUUAGAGGGAUGCAGAGUCUAUUUCAAAAGGUAGUCUAUUGUGGAAAAUGUAGCAGAUUGAACAUGUGUUUUCUUAUACUACAAACCAAAAAAAGACAGUUUAUAAAAACUAUAAAUGUGGCUGGGUGCGGUGGCACACGCCUGUAAUCCCAGCACUUUGGGAGGCCAAGACGGGCGAAUCACGAGGCCAGGAGUUCAAGACCAGCCUGACCAACAUGAGGAAACCCUUGUCUCUACUAAAAAUACAAAAAAUUAGCUGGGCGUAGUGGUGGGCACCUGUGAUCCCAGCUACUCAGGAGGCUGAGGCAGGAGAAUUGCUUGAACCCAGGAGGCAGAGGUUGCAGUGAGCUGAUAUUGCGCCAGUGCACUCCAGCCCAGGUGACAGAGCAAGACUCCAUCUUAAAAAAAAAAAAAAAUAUAAAUGUACAAGAACAAAGAGAUAAUUAAAUUUUAGGAAUGUUUUCUGCUUAGCAGUUUAGAAGAACUGCAGAGGUAUGUAGGUAGUGGAGAAGUCAGCAGAAGCAAAACAAUUCUUGACAUAGAACCCCAGGAAAUCCUGGGAAUUGGAGGCAUCAGAAAAUGGGAGGGGUGCUGGCUGCUUCUGAAAACAGGAGGGUUGGCUGCAAGUCUGGAUGUGAUACAGCUAGAUUUUCAAAUGCCCUACCUAAAUCGUACAGCAGGAAUUUAGGCAGAAUGCAAUGAUGUUGUUGGUGGAUGAUGUCGGGAGAUGUAUUUGAAAGAUAUUUAAUAGAGCCAAAAUGAUUAAUUCUGGGACGAAGCUUCCAGAAGAAGGAUCAGGCAGCAAUAUUUGCUGUUCUGCAGCCUCUGCUGGUGAUACCCAGGCAAACAGGGUCUGGAGUAGACCUCCAGCAAACUCUAACAGACCUGCAGCUGAGGGGCUUGUCUGUUAGAAUGAAAACUAAAAAACAGAAAGGAAUAGCAUCAACAUCAACAAAAAGGAUACCCACAAAAAAAAAGCCUACCGACCAAAAAAAGUCCAGGACCAGACAGAUUCACAGCCAAAUUCUACCAGAGGUACAAAGAGGAGCUGGUACCGUUCCUUCUGAAACUAUUCCAAUCAAUAGAAAAAGAGGGAAUCCUCCCUAACUCAUUUUAUGAGGCCAGCAUCAUCCUGAUACCAAAGCCACACAGAGACACAACAAAAAAAGAGAAUUUUAGACCAAUAUCCCUGAUGAACAUCUAUGUCUCUGGAUGGAUGAGUAAUGAGUAACUUUUAUUUUUUGUUUUUUACCUUUGUAUGUUUUACAAAUUCUCUAUAAUGACCUGCAUUGCAGUUGUAUUGAAGGAAAAUAUUAUUUUUAAAUGAGAUAAUAAAAAUAUUUUAAAGUAAUUUAGACCACAAAUGGCAAAGGCCAUUCUUACCAAUGUAAAGACAAAAUUAUUGUGUUUUUUAGCAUCUAUUGCAUGUUUUUAAAAUGUUGCUAAUUUUAGAAACACAAGCUUGAAUGAAAAAGCAAAUUCCAGGAGACUGUAUACAGAACAAUACCAUUUUUAUAAGACCCAAUAGCAAGCAGAACUAAACAAUAUGUCAUCUGGUGAUAUGUAUAAAGUGAUCGAAGAUUAUGUUGUUGUUGUUGUAUACAAGACAUGAUUAACACAAAACUUUUUAUUGUGAUUAUUUUAUAUAUAUUUGAUGUCAACUGUAAGACCAGCCACUGUGAAAUACAUCUUUUUUAUCUUCCUA